AUGGGCGGCGUCCCGUCAGUCCCCCGGGACAAGUCCCGCAGCAUCCAGGUCAUCGCCGCCGGCUACUCCCGCACCGGCACCACGUCCAUCUCCAUCGCCCUCGAGCGGCUCCUCGACGGGCCCGUCUUCCACGGCGGCAACCAAAUCUUUCAACGCGAGGAUGCCUUCAUGCGCGAGUGGUGCCGCAUGAUCGACGCCGACGGCGACGCCCCGGAGAUGCGCGCCCGCCUGCGCCGCAUCACCGCCGGCUACGCCGCCAUCGCCGACGCCCCCGCCUACCUGCUCCUGCCGGAGCUGCUCGCGCUCUACCCGGACGCCCGCGUCGUCCUCGUCACGCGCGACCGCGCCCGCUGGUACCGCAGCAUGGCGCCCAUCAUGCGCAGCGUCUCCGCGCCGCCCAUGCGCCUCCUCGAGGUGCUUCUCUGGCCGUGCCCGGGCUGGCGCUGGCUGCCGCACUAUCUGCAGUGGGCUGGAAGAAGAGAAGAAAAGAGAAUCGGGAUAGAGUUUACCCCAGGUAACCGUCUUCCGCGCGUUGGGAAGAUGAAUCAUCGUUCUAACAUCAUGGCAGACAUGCUCGACAAGCACAACGACUGGGUCCGCCGCAACGUGCCCCCGGACCGCUUCCUCGAGAUGGACCUCAGCGAGGGCUGGAGCCCGCUCGCCGACUUCCUGGGCGUGCCCGUGCCCGACGAGCCGUUCCCGCGCGCCAACGACGCCGCCGAGGCCGACGCCGUCACGCGGCGCAUCCUCACCACCGCCGCGCUGACGUGGACAGGCAUCCUCGCCACUACCGCCGCGGUUGCCUGGCAGGCCCGUCAUCUCUGGAGAACGCGGUGA